AUCUCUUUGUAUAUUACAAACAGCAUCAUCGUCAUCAUCCUCCUCAUCACAAUUUGUAAAUAAAAAUAUAAUAUAAUACGGUUUGUGAUCCAUUCCCUAAUUUAGUUGAGCCUUUUUAAUAACUACUAUCAAUAAAUCAAUUACCGCUGUAUUUUUAUUCAUAUAUAUCUUCGAUAUUAAUAAUUCAACCCAAAGGGUAGGAUGGCGUGUAAGGGUUUCUUGGAGUGCUUGUUGAAGCUCCUCAACUUGUUAUUGACCCUUUCCGGUUUAGCUAUGGUCGGAUACGGAGUAUAUCUAUUUGUUAUGUACCAAAAUGCAACCCAUGAAGUGCAUCUUGUGCCGUCCGAUGAAGGAACCAUACAGCUUGGACGCCCUAUGCUAAUGACUGCUGUCUCCCUGUCUACAAAUCACUUUUACGAUAGCUUGCCUACUGCUUGGUUCAUUUAUCUGUUUAUCGGUGUCGGUGCAAUUCUCUUUGUCAUAUCUUGCUUUGGCUGCAUUGGAGCAUCAACCAGGAACGGGUGCUGCCUAACCUGUUACUCUUUACUUCUGAUCUUGUUCAUCGUGGUAGAAGUGGGAUGUGCUGCUUUCAUCUUCUUUGACAAAACCUGGAAAUCGGACAUCCCAAUUGAUAAAACUGGAGAAUUCAACACGAUAUAUGGAUUCCUUAGAGAUAACUGGAAUAUUUGCAAAUGGGUUGCACUUGGAGCUGUUAUUUUGCAGGCUCUGAUAUUUCUUUUAGCUCUAGUGGUACGCGCGGCAAAUGCACCAGCUGAGUAUGAUAGUGAUGAUGAGUACAUAAGUGGUCCCAGGCAGCAAAGGCAGCCUUUGAUUAGUAGGCAACCGGUUCCAGCAACAGGUGUGCCUGUCGCCGGAACUCUUGAUAGUCGUCCCAGCAGAAAUGAUGCAUGGAGUGCACGAAUGAGGGAAAAGUAUGGGCUUAACACAGCAGAGUUCACCUAUGACCCAAAUGACCCAAACAAGAACCAGCAUGGCAACACACAACCAACAGAAGAGAAGAGUCGUUGCACCAUCAUGUAGUUUUUGACACUAGGUCUUCGUCCUCGAUCAGAAAGUGUGUAUUUGAAACUGAUUGUGUUUGAUGUAUCAUGUAUGCAUGUUGAGUGGAAAAACAUAAUGGUCAUUUUAGAGUGUAUAAAAAUAAAGUUUCAGCAGCUUCACUUGCGAGUGUAUAUCCAUGCUUCAUAAUAUUACGAUUGAGAGUUUAUUUUGUAGUU